AUGUUGUCACCUGCUGAAGAAACAGACAAACCCACAGAGAUACAACAGGGACGGUCCAGCUCCAGAGAGCGCAGCUUAACAGAAAAAGGCCAAGUAAUGCACGAAGAAACCGCUAAGAAAAAUGAAAAGGCAUUUACCAAGGCAUACGACUCUUGGAAGGAGCUAGCAAAAGAACUUAGGACGAAGUUAAAGACUUUCUGCUCAACUGAAGACCUUGAUACAAGACUGAAGAGAUCAAAGCCAAAGAAGCGUUAGUACACCAACAGUAUGAGUCCAUUUGCAGCAAUCAUUCCACUACCUCAGAUGUUGUUAACAGAAUGGAUGCAUGUGUCGCUUAACAGCUGAAAUCUGCGACCUCACCAGUAAACGGCUAGAGAAUAUAGACGCAAUCUUUAAUGAUCGACUUGAGAAGGAAAGAGUGAGAAUGGUACUUAAUAAAGAGGAGUACGAGUCAGUCUUUGGAAACACAGAAACAGAAACUGCCUUUUCAGAGUCACUUCAAGGCUCAGACUCAAGCUCAAGAGCCACCUCCAGAUCUUCUAGCAGACGAGCAGAAGCCGACCUUGCACCCAAGAUAGAGCAGGCAAAGGCAAUGCAACAGAUGCGUGAGCAACAAGCUAAGCUGAACAAACUGGAGAGUAAAUUAAAGCUUAAAGAGGCACAAAUGCUAGCAGAAAUUAAACUGAAGUUGGAUGAGGAAAAGACAAGACUACAACAGCUUUAA